UGGAAACCUAUUCUGGCUCCCACUCAGCGCUUCACGAUUAUGCUGUGGAAGACCAUCCGAGAGUUGGAAAAGAAACUCAACGGACCACAACCGGAACAUUUCGUGUACAUCAUCAAGGACUCUGAGCUAAUGAGCGGUGUGACCUACAUGUUUAAUGUUACUGGAGCUAGUCAUGAAGGAAAUACCACGAAGACCUUCUCCAUAGACUACAAUGCUGGGGAUCAGAAGCUGCUGGAUGUAGAAGGUCGAAGCGACAAGUUCUCUCUCCAGCUGUUGGGGGGACAGACGACGUAUCCAGAUUUGGGAUUAAUCAUUGAAGCUAAAGUGACCACAUGCACUCAUACUCAGGAUUAUUACUUCGAGUGGACUUUAACAGAUAAGAAAAAUAAUGUAAUAAAUGUAACUGAAAGUGGUCUGAGGCUCGUAGUCCCGGCGUUUGUGUUAGAGGCCGGGCAGGACUAUACUGUGAGGUGUCAAGUCAUUAAAAAAAGCAAUGAAAAAUUCAUAACCGAGAGUGCAUUGCCAAUACAAGUUCUAUAUAGAGAUUUAGAAGUGUACAUGAGUGUGGAUCGCUUGACGGUUACUAUUGGAAAAGAAUUUUCUCUAUCUUCCUACAUUAACCCAAACUACGAAGAGCAGUAUUUAAAGCUAGAAUGGAAAUGCUUCUAUAACAAUGAGGAAUGUACAUUAAUUUUCGACGUAUCCAACUCCAAUACAGUAUGUUUUUCCAAAGGACUUCUCACUGCAGGCGAAUACCUUAUAACGGUAACAGUUAGCGAUGUACAACGAUCAGCAGCGGCGAACACAACUAUAAUAGCUGUGGAUAAGAAUUUACCUGUCAUAGAGGUAGCCGCACAAGCACAUACAGUUAAUGAAGGCAGCGAAGUAUAUCUGGUGGCGAACGUCAGUAAUUUGAUACCAUUUUGCACAUUAGCCUGGUACAUAACUAAUGAUGAGAACUUGAUAUCAAACAACGAAACAUCUGAAGAUUUUCAGUCCGUGCUUAUAUCAGAAAUAACUACAAUAUUUUCACUGGAACAAAGCUUUCUGAACGAAAUCGCGGACUACACGAACGAGACGGAGCAGAGGGAAGUAGCGGCGAGCGUCACCGCGUUCGCCGGCCGAGCGAGACUCGUAGCGAACUGCAGCGGUGAUGAUGAUGAUGCCGUCAGCUACGCCGAUGUCUACUUCAAACUUAACGAGAGCCCUAAGAUUGGCAAAGUUAUGGUAACUCCUGAAUCUGGUGUAGCGCUGGAGACUCUAUAUCGAAUCAGUACUUCGGUGGCAAUGGAUAAUGAUAAGCCAGUGAUCUACUCGUUCUACUGCAAGGUAGCUGACAACGACACCUUACUACUGGGCUCGUACUUGGAUCAUUAUGCUGUGGAGACGUAUUUACCUUACAUUCACAAUGGCACAGGAGUGUUCGUGGUAGCAUGCGACAGUCUCAACGCUUGCUCCACCAGCACUACUCACUCUGUAGAUGUUCAAAAACAUGAAAACAACAUGAAGUCAAUCGAGGAUCUGUCUGCACACGCCCGAAGAUGCGAAAUGUUACAACUUAUGCGACUCGCCGUUUCGGCUUUUGUUACCUUCGAUAAUGGCAGUCAAAUGGAUAAAGUAUCAUUAGUAACCGAGAAGAUUAUCGAUAUAUUACCAAGCGUGCAUUUGCGGUGUGUACCUAGCGAAGACUAUAUGGACAUAUUGGCGAAUUUAGCUCAAGUCGGCGUUUUACGAAAAGAUGCUUAA